UAACAAGCAACCUCUCACCUUAGUCAGCUAGCUAGCGCAUGUUAAUUUGCAGAUAUCGGAAGCAAUCAACUUGAGCAGUACAUGUAGAUGUAGUAUUCGUACUGCCUGUGUUCGCUGUUGCUAGCUCUCUCGACGAGAUGACAACGAGGUAUCCAUGCAUGCAGCUAGCUCAGUAGAUAAGGGAGGUAGCUACUACGUUGCAGCACUAUAGCCCUAGCUAUAGCUUGGCAGCUACUAACCAUGAAGGAGAAGGACACGAGCAAGCAGCUGCUGCCGACGCGGGCGUCGUCGUCGUCUCGCUUUGGCGGGAAAGUGGGCAGCAAUAUCGCGGUCGUGCUUCUCCUCGUCUCCUUGGGCUUCGUCCUCGGCCUCACCUCCUCCAACGCCAUGUUCCUCAAAUCCUUCUACCCCUCCUCUCUCAUGCCAUCAUCCAUGGCGCCAUUGCGGCUAGUGCUAUCGUCUACUUCUACUUCUCCGUCGCCGCCCUCGCCACCGCCGCCGCCGCCACCGCCACCGCCGCAGCAACCUGCACCGAUGCACAGCAUGGGAGAUGAGGAGCUGUUCUGGAGAGCGUCCAUGGCGCCGAAAAGCCGGCGGCGGCUGCCGGACGGCGUGGUGCCGAAGAAGGUGGCGUUCAUGUUCCUCGUGAGAGGGGAGCUGCCGCUGAGGCCCCUGUGGGAGAAGUUCUUCGAGGGGCAGCGAACCGAUCACUACUCCAUCUACGUUCACGCCCACCCGUCGUACAGCUUCACCGGCUCGCCGGAGUCCGUGUUCCACGGCCGGUACGUCCCGAGCAAGGCGGCCAAGUGGGGGGACGCGUCGCUGGUGGAGGCGGAGCGGCGGCUGGUGGCGAACGCGCUGCUGGACGCCGGCAACUCGCGGUUCGUGCUGCUGUCGGAGGCGUGCAUCCCGGUGUACGACUUCGCCACCGUGCACGCCUACCUCACCGGCGCCAACACCAGCUUCGUCGACAGCUUCGAGAACGGCGGCAGCCGGUCGCGGUACAGGGAGUUCUUCGCCGGCCGCAACAUCACCCUCGCCCGGUGGCGCAAGGGCGCGCAGUGGUUCGAGAUGGACCGCGCGCUGGCGCUGGAGGUCGCCGCCGACGACGAGCUCUGCUUCCCGGCGUUCCGCGACUUCUGCGUCGGGCGCCGCGAGUGCCUCAUCGACGAGCACUACCUCGCGACCCUGGUCACCAUGCUGGGCUGGGGCCGCCGCAACGCCAACCGGACGCUGACCUACGCCGACUGGUCGCGGCCGGUGAACCGGCACCCGCACACGUACACGGCGGAGGAAGUGACGGAGAAGGUCAUCGGCGGCAUCAGGGCGGACAAGCGGUGCUCGUACAACGGCGCCAGCAGCGGCGGGAUCUGCAACCUGUUCGCGCGCAAGUUCCCGCCGGAGACGCUGCAGCCGCUGCUCCGGUUGGCGCCCAAGGUCAUGGGCUUCGGCUAAUAAGGUGACAGAUCGACAUGCAUGCUCGCUUCAUUCCUUGCGUUAAUUGGAAGAGAUAUGGCAAAGCAUGCUGCAAUGCGGCUAAGCUGGCUGCAUGUAGUUGAGGCCCAGAGAAAAAUAAUUUUCGUUUAAUUAUAUUUCGUUCGAAAACAUGUUGAUCAGGUAUAUAUAAUUAAUCUGUUUCUGGCUGAUUUGUGUUGUUACCUGAGAAAUACACAGAUUGGCUUUGACAGAACGAAUGAA